AUGGCCGCCCCUCCAGAUCCGCUUUACUCCUUCAAAGGAAACCAAACUCAAGUGCACAGUUUGAACUUUUUGCUAAAUGCGACAACUGAAAAACUUUUGUCGGGCACCAGGAAUGGUCACAUAUUUAUAUGGGACCUCCAAUCUCUGGGUCUUGACCGUAGUUUUGCGUCUGGAGAUGGAGCUUGCAUUUCUCUGCUUGCUCCUCAAGGAUCAAGUGCUUUUGUUUCACACAACAGAGGAGACGCUGUGAAGAAGUGGUCGGUGGUCGAUGAUGGGUCUCUCAAGUGCACAGCCAAACUACCGACCAGCUGCCUGCAGUUUUGUGCUGCUCAGUUGCUGCAAUCCCCCACCACAAAAGACCAAUUCGUCGUUUUUCCAAGCGGAGAGGCCAAUUGUAUCCAGGUUGAUCAUUUUGAGCAGGGCACAGUGUGUCGUUUGCAGUGGCCAGAGAAGGUUGGAAACAUCAUGUAUAUUUGUGAAGCGGGGUGUGGACAAAUCUUGGCUCUCUUUGAGGCUGGCGACCUGUUGCUUUGGGACAUGCGGAACUCAAAACACCAGCUGAGCCACAAGUUGGAUUUGGGUGGGGAUGAAGAAAAUCCGACGGCUGCAAUGUGCAUGGCCUUCAGCAAAGAAAAAUUGCUCGGAAUAGUUGGAACCUCGGACAACAACAUCAACCUCUUCUCUAAAAAUCCGGAUUUUAAACAUCUCACGUCAUCAGCAAUAAAAAACUCGGGCAUCAAUCACAUGAGUUUGCGAGCUGACCAGAAGUUACUUGCUGCAGCCUGUUGGGACUCAAAGGUACGACUCUUUUCUCUUCGUGGUCCUGAGAGCAAGACUGUCCUUCGACCGCUUGCAGUACUACCAACCCUUGUGGAGGACAAAAGUGUCAGCUGCACGGCCUUCUCAGACUCUCCAGUUGUAAGUCUUGGAAACAAAACUAUUUUGGCAGCUGCAGGUGAGGCCUGCUCUGUUCUUAUGUGGGAUGUAUACAAUUGAGGCAAAAAUGCCUCGCAAUUAAACAAAUUUAAUUAUAACUUCAAUGAAGAUUUUAAAUUAAUUAACUAAACAACAAAUUACGUUUAAUUCUAUUUUUUAAUAAUAUCUUUUUAUUUA